GUGAUUCUGUGAGCUCCGCUAGAAAUCCCCAAAUUCGUUCAGAAACCCUAAAUUCUUCUUAUCUCGAUUUUCACCCCCGAAAUUGUGGGUUAUUUUCUCAUCUUCAUCUCCAUCUUCUUCAAAUCCUCAAAAUUAAAUCGUAUUCAACUAUAUCAUACGAACCCAAAUUUCGAGGGCUCUACGCACUGUUCACAGUUUGCGACACUUUCAGAACAGACCCUUUGUGCUUGAUAAGCAUUAAAAAGUUUGGAAGUUUCCGAGAAUGAGUAGAUAUCUGGCACGAUAUAUGGUAUCUAGAUACUUCUCAUCUGUCCCUUCUCGUCCUCUGCACGUUUGCGUCGUUGGGAGUGGACCUGCUGGUUUCUAUACUGCUGACAAGUUAUUGAAGGCACACGAAGGAGCACGCGUUGAUAUAAUCGAUCGGUUGCCCACACCAUUCGGACUUGUUCGCUCCGGUGUUGCGCCUGAUCAUCCUGAAACUAAGAUUGCCAUUAAUCAGUUCUCACGAGUGGCACAACACGAACGUUGCUCUUUUUACGGGAAUGUAAAGCUUGGAUCGGAUUUGUUACUUUCUGAGCUGCGGGAUUUGUAUCACGUGGUUGUACUUGCAUAUGGUGCUGAAAGUGACAAAGAUCUUGGCAUUCCAGGUGAGACUUUGAGUGGUAUAUACUCUGCAAGAGAAUUCGUCUGGUGGUAUAAUGGACAUCCUGACUACAGCGGUUUGAAACCUGACUUGAAAAGUACCGACACAGCUGUCAUCCUUGGCCAGGGUAAUGUAGCUCUAGAUGUUGCCCGGAUUCUCUUAAGACCGACAACAGAGUUGGCAUCAACUGAUAUUGCUAGGCAUGCUUUAUCUGCACUGGAAGAAAGCUCUAUAAGGAAGGUGUUUCUCAUCGGAAGACGGGGGCCAGUUCAAGCAGCAUUGACUGCCAAAGAGCUUCGAGAAGUUCUUGGGAUUAAGAAUGUGCACAUUCGAAUAAAGGAGUCUGACAUGAGUGUAACUCCUGCUGAUGAGGAAGAAAUGAAAAAUAGUAGAGCCAGAAAGAGAAUCUAUGAAUUACUGUCCAAAGCUGCAGCAGCAGCAGGAACAUCCAAAUCUGACCCUGAUCAACGAGAGCUGCACUUUGUUUUCUUCCGCCAACCUGACCGGUUUUUAGAGUCGAAUGAAAGAAAGGGCUACGUUUCCGGUGUAAACCUGGAAAAAACCAUUCUUGAUAGUACUGAAAGUGGAAAACAAAUUGCAGUUGGUACUGGAGAGUUUGAGGAUCUUAAUGGCAGUUUGAUGCUGAAGGCCAUUGGUUACAAGUCGGUUCCAAUCAAUGGUUUACCCUUUGAUCACAAGAAAGGUGCUGUCCCGAAUGUAAGUGGUCGAGUGGUUAGUCAAACGUUAGAAAACUUAUCACAGACUGAGCCGGGUUUAUACGUAUGUGGCUGGCUAAAAAGAGGACCAGUAGGCAUAAUUGCCACAAACCUGUACUGUGCCGAGGAAACGGUUGGUAGCAUAAGUGAAGACAUUGAAAAGGGUGUUUUCAAGAGCUCAAAAGCAGGAAGCAAAGGACUGAUGCAAUUGCUGGAGAAGAGAGAGGUGAAGAAGGUAGAUUUUAGUGGGUGGGAGAAGAUUGAUGCCAAAGAACAACAAAUGGGGAAUGAGAGAAACAAACCCAGAGAAAAGUUAGUCACAUGGAAGGAUCUUUUAGCAGCAGCAGCAGCCAACUAGGCCAUUUUUUUCCAACUAGGAUAUAUUGUAAACGAAAAAACAAUGUUACUAUAUUUUCAUUUUUCAAUUACAAUUCCAUAUUGUUUACUUAAUAAUAUGUCUUAUUAUUAAGUUUACUUUAGUUUUAGAAGUUUAUUCCUCUUCUGUAGCACAUUGGCUAAUGCAAAAAUCUUAGUUU